UCUGCUUCAAAGAGUUGCUUCUCCAAUGAGAGGUGCAAUCUAGCUCCUGUGGUGGAGUUUGCUGCGGAUGUGGGGACUAAAUCAGAUUUUAUUACCAUGAAUCCAUCAGUUGUGCAAAGAGCAUUUGGAGGCUUUCGGAAUGAGAGUGACAGAGAAAAAUUUGUGCAUAGACUCUCCAUGCUGAAUGACAGCGUCCUUUGGAUUCCUGCCUUCAUGGUCAAAGGAGGAGAGAAGCACGUGGAAUGGGUUAAUGCAUUAAUCCUUAAGAACAAACUGAAAGUGCGAACUGCCUAUCCAUCACUGAGACUUAUUCAUGCAGUCAGAGGGUUUUGGGAAGACUUCCCUUGGGCAUAUGCCCUAGAUAACGCUCUUCAUAUUUUAGUGAUAAUUGCAAAGACUGUGAUGCAUUACCAACCCUCCACAUAA